AUGGCUUCAAUCUUACCUCUUGAGCUUGUUGAGCAAAUUGUGAGCUGGUUGAAAUAUGAAAGUGACAUCAAUGCCCUCGCUCGCACCCAGAGGUUUUUCUACCAGACUGUAAACCCCAUGCUGUACCGACACAACGUGCGCCUUGGGAAUAGCUCGGCUUUAGGUUGGGGAAUCAAGCACGGACUGUUUGCGACCGUGCGACAAUCUGUCGAGGCCGGC